AUGGCAACACCAGCGCCCUCCUUCACAACAACCUCAUCUUCGUCCCUCGGCGCCGUCGGCCAACUCACACCCACAACGACAACCAAUACAACAACAACAACAGCUCUCUCCCCCUCCAGCAACAAUACCUUCCAAUUCCCACGAGAGUACCACGUCCCCCCAUUCUUCACGCGGCAACCGAACCUCAGCACGCUCCACAGCCAACACUCGAAAUGGGCCUCGCUAAUCCUGUCGUACUGCGCAUACCACAAGCUAUACAAGCUCAGCCUAUCGUCGCCCUCGACCGAAGACCUCUUCUGCAACCGGCGCAUCGACCGACGUCUCAGCCUGGCCGACCGGCGCGAGGUGUUAGAUUUCAUGCGGCGCGACGGGCGGGCCGAAUUCGUGAAAUCGGGAAACAGCAGCGCCACGGCGGCUGCGCUGAACACGUUGACAGGGGGCGGCGACGAUAGCAGCGAAGGCGUGGCAGGCGGGGGAGCCGGAGGAGGUGAUGUGUGGUGGGUAUACUGGCGCACGCCCGAGGAAUGGGCCGCGCUCGUCGAGGCCUGGGUCGACGAGACGGCGCAAAAGGGCACCGUGCUCACGCUCUACGAGCUUAGCCAAGGCGAGGAUACAACUGGAACCGAGUUCCACGGUCUCGAUCUAGAAUUACUCCAGAAAGCCCUCCAGGUGCUCGUCAAGCGGAACAAGGCGCAGAUCUUCGGACAGGAAGACCAGCUGGGUGUCAAAUUCUUCUGA